CCUUACACAUAUCACUCUCCUCUUCGUAGUGGAUUUAUGAAUACUGGAGAAGCAUGUGAUGUAAAUGAGGAUCCACUUGUACAUGUAGAAGUUCAAAAUGAUGAGAACCAAGAUGACAAUGAGGAGAGAGAAGUGGAAGAUUAUGUGUUGGCGAAUGAACCAGUUAUUGUAAAAGAAGCAACGUUGCCCGCAUAUGGCAAUGAACAAAAACAAGCAGAUGAUAUGAAUAACUGUCCAAAUCCCAUUGAAGUGGAAAAUGAGCAAAGGCAAGCAACAGAUUUGCCGAAUGAUGAUGAAACUCGUGUGGAAGAGAGAGAUACCUGUGUACUGAUGGAUUCUAUAGCAUAUGGUGAUGUAAUGGAGUCCAUCCCUAUAGUGGUGGAAGAUGAGUCUGAUAAGUCUAGUCAGAUUGGGCGCGGGAUGAGAAUUAAGAAAAGGUCACUUGUUCUUGAAUCUCCGUUCACAAAUCCAGAGAAGAGGAGGAAUCUUCGCAAUGUAAAUGCAUUUGACCCAUUUCGAGAGCUAGAUCUGGCUAAGGCAGAUGACUUACAGAAUUGGUUGGUUAAUGCACCUGACAGUGAACAUGUGGACAUGAUGAUGUUCACGAAGCCAAAAAGUUUCUUUCUUGAAAUUCAGAAGCAAUUUGGAUGGCUCGAUAGUGAUGCAAGUACUUUAGCAUUCGAUAUUUUUCUCAUACUUCAUUUCAUUCUUAAACGGCUUUAUACAUCUACAGCACAUUGACAUAGCGUUGUUGUUGAUGAGGGCACGAAUACAUACAUAUCCUACUGUGUUCCCACAAGAUUGUGCAAUUUUGGAUUGUGCUUUUACUAACAUGUGC